UUAGAUCCCCUGAAGAUCAACAAUGAAAAACAGAACCAUGCUUAGUGAAUUUAUUCUAUUGGGCCUCACAAAUCAACCUGAACUCCAAGUGGUGGUAUUCACCUUUCUGCUCCUCACCUACAUACUGAGUGUCCUAGGAAAUCUGACUAUCAUCACCCUCACCUUAAUAGACCCACAACUCCAGACCCCCAUGUAUUUCUUCCUCCGGAAUUUUUCUUUCUUAGAAAUUUCCUUCACAUCCAUUUUUAUUCCCAGAUUUCUAACCAGCAUAACAACAGGAAAUAAAGCCAUCAGCUUUGCUGGCUGUUUUACCCAGUAUUUUUUUGCCAUAUUUCUUGGGGCAACAGAGUUUUACCUCCUGGCUUCCAUGUCCUAUGAUCGCUAUGUGGCCAUCUGCAAACCCUUGCAUUACAUGACCAUUAUGAGCGACAGAGUCUGCAUACAACUUGUUUUCUGUUCCUGGCUGGGGGGAUUCCUAGCUAUCUUACCACCAAUCAUCCUGAUGAGCCAGGUAGAUUUUUGUGCCUCCAAUGUUCUGAAUCAUUAUUUCUGUGACUAUGGGCCCCUCGUGGAGCUUGCUUGCUCGGACACAAGAUUCUUGGAACUGAUGGUCAUCCUAGUAGCUGUUAUGACUCUAGUGGUUACUCUGGUGCUGGUGACGCUUUCUUACAUUUACAUUGUCAGGACCAUUCUGAGGCUCCCUUCUGCCCAGCAAAGGACAAAGGCUUUUUCCACUUGCUCCUCCCACAUGAUUGUCAUCUCCCUUUCUUAUGGCAGCUGCAUGUUUAUGUACGUUAAUCCCUCUGCAAAAGGAGGUGCUUUCAACAAAGGAAUAUCUGUACUCAUUACCUCAGUCACCCCCUUGUUGAAUCCCUUCAUCUAUACUCUAAGAAAUCAGCAAGUGAAGCAAGCUUUCAAGGACACUGUCAAAAAGAUUGUGAAAUUUUAAAAAAAAAACUUUACAUUUCAAUAAAACAUAUUUUUCACUUAAUAAAUAUGCAUUGGGUGUCUAUAUUUCAACUGCUGAACUGGC